AUGGAUUUUGAAGCGGCAAGACGAAACGCGGACGAGAGACUCAAUCAGGAACUCGUUAGAAUCCGCAAUCUUCCGAAGCGAAGCAAGAUCAAAGUCGCCAACAAAUAUGGCUUGAAACAUGCGAGUCACACAAACGCAGGAUUAGUGAAAGAGUUAGAGAUUAACUUGGGGAUCAUUUCACGUGAGCAGAGGCGGGUCGCGAAUGAAUGCAGUAAGAGACAGAGAGAUUUCAGAGAGACGCAAAAGAAAUCCUUGUCAAAAUUUUUACCUCCUUUGGGGCCGCAGGAGAAUAUAAAGAUUAUGGCAGCCGAGACAAAGGUCGAGGCGGAGGAAAUUAGGACGCAAAGGACUACAGUUGCAGAUCAAGCACCAAUUUGGUUAAAAGAUCAAAGGGAGUCAAUUGCGGAGUUUAAGAGGGAAAGACUCAUAGAAAUGACAGCAAGGAGUAAAAAGAAAACGUUAAAGAUUAUUUCGGAGAACAACAAAAAGACCUCUAUAGGCGCGCCGUUACCACCUUUGCGCAACGUCGAAUUGGACGAAAACUCCUUGUUAACGAGGCUAAAUCGUCGCCGGAAAAACGCCUUCGCAGGAAGUUGUUUUCCGUUUUUGUUAGAAGACACGGAACUAAAGACGGAGAAGGAAAAUCAGCCCGUCGAGAGCUUGAGUAAGCGUAAUCGAGAAUGGUUGGGCGAGUUAGGACCAAAUCAAGACGCCAGUAUGAACCGAGCAAGAACGUUCCGUGGUGUCACUUACGAAAAGGUGAUAAAAAUGCCGGACCCUGCAAAAAUUCCACACUUAGAUCCGCGGAACCCUAAACUUUAUCAAGUUGUUAUGAGGGUCUACGAUCGAAACCGUAGGAAGAUUUCCAGAAUGAAUGAAACGGAUGCAGAAAUUGCAAGGAAAAACACGGUGUUUACAAAGCACUGGAAAUGA